AUCUAGGUCAACCAAUGUGAUGGAAUGACAGCUGGCCCCUCAAUCACGCAACUCCGGGCAGCUGCCUCUGGAUCUUCGGUUAGGCGAGGCUUCGCCAAUUGAAUCAAAACAAAAUCAGAGAAUCCAGAAUCAAGAAUCGAGAUCUUCAUUCGGAGUGCGAAUCUGAGAGAACGUAGAAGAAGCUGAACCAGCCAACGGAAGAAGUGGGAAAUGGUUUGUUUAUCUCUUUCUUCUGCUACUUCACUUCACACUCUCUCUCUCUACAAAACCAAGCUCUCCGCUCCUCUCUCUCUAAGAUCCCCACCUCUGCAUGCAAAGCUCUCGCUCAACCCCGCCGUUAAACGGAGUUCUAUCUGUUACAAUCCGCUCAGGUUUGCCGUCGGAAACGAGGGGAUUGCGACGGCGGCGAUUAACAAGAGGAGGAGCCGUGGUUUAACUACUGUUUGUUACGCUAUGCCUCUUACUGCUCGCAAUAUUCAGUGGAUCUCUACUAUUUCUUAUGUGGUUUUAAUGCUCGCAAGGGGGACGGGGAUUCAGAAGUCAUUUAUUGUUCCGCUAUUUGCCCUUCAGGCACCUGCAAGUGUUAUAUCGUGGAUUAAAGGAGAAUACGGCAUUUGGACCGCAUUUUUGGCACUUCUUGUUCGACUGUUCUUCUUCAUACCUGGUGAACUGGAGAUACCAUUCAUCUCAUUGCUUCUGGUGAUCGUGGCCCCAUAUCAAGUCCAGAACUUAAGGGGAACUCAAGAAGGGAGCAUUAUCUCAUUACUGAUUGCAGCAUUUUUGGCUUUCCAGCAUUUCUCUCGAGCUGGCAGCUUUCGGAGAGCAUUUGACCAGAAUUCAAUAGUUGCAACAGCAGCAGUCGUUUGUGUUACUGCUGCCUCAUUCCUCCUUGUGAUCUGAAUUCCUUGGUCACUUUCAAGUAAACCUUGUGGUUAAGUGUUCAUUAAAUACUAUUGGUGUACAUGUAAUAGUUACACAACAGUCACAAUGUACAAACCUUUCCUUUUUAUGUUGAUAAAUGACUUUAAAGAA